GGGCCAGAGGCGGAAGAGCUGACUUGGAGGAUUUUGGUGUCAGUCUCUCCAGAGUAAGCUGCAAUUCUGGAAGUUCAGCCUUGGAGAAGUUCAAUUUCUGCUCGCGAUGAGGCCAGACGCCCUGUGUUCCCUCAAGGCGCUGGAGCUCCCAGUUGUGGAGCUGUUCCUGGUCUGCCAACCUUUUUUUUUUCUAUAAAGUCUACGUGAGUUCAAUUGCAGACAUCUUUUCUCUCUCCCUAUUGUUAAACGUCAAGGAAAAUGUUUCCGUCCCAUUUGGAGACUUUACUGAAAUGUUUCUUGGUACCAGACAUUGAACUUAGGCAUUUUAUCCAAAUCUCUUUUUUUCCAACACUAGUGUAUUUAACCUUUCCAGCCAUUUUCACAAAUCUCAGUGUGACCAUUGUAGAUAAAGACCCAUUCUCAACACUACUCAGUACCACAGGAACUGAAGCAUAUGGAUUAAAUUAACAGGGCCUCCUAGAAAAAAAGCCACUUGACCUAUGUUUUCAUAGUCUGUCUUGAAAUGUGAACUGCUCAGGAACCUGGAAGAUAGACCCCUUUUCACCAGAGUUUAUCAACUUUCAAUCUCAAUGAGGAUAGUAGGAUUUGGCUAAAGAAGACUGAAACUUUCUACAAGAGUCAGGAAGACCACAUCAAUUAUUCAGCAUUAUGCUUGCCCAUGACAAGGUUAAAGAAAUAUGGCCCUCAAUUCUACUUUUGCCAGCUUUUGCAUCUUUCAACUUCUUUUCCACUUUGUAAGUCAUUGGUUUUCAGCAAAAAUAUCUACAGGUUUUAAUAGCCUCACCAUCAAAAAGAAGAUUGAAUGGAACUCAAGGGUAGUAUCUACAUGCCAUUCUUUAGUAGUUGGAAUUUUUGGUCUAUACAUUUUCUUUUUUGAUGAGGUUACUAUCGCUGAUCCACUUUGGGGUGAUUCACCGCUUGCAGAAAUGAAUCUUUCUAUUGCUUCAGGCUAUCUUCUUUCUGAUUUGGUAGUUAUCAUUUGGUAUUGGAAGAUGAUUGGUGACAAAAGUUUUGUGCUUCACCAUUGUACAGCAGUGUAUGCAUAUUUCCUUAUUCUGAGGUACAGAGUGCUGGAAUACAUUGGGAAUUUUCGCCUGCUUGCAGAACUUUCCAGCCCUUUUGUGAAUCAGCGGUGGUUCUUUGAAGUUCUGAAAUAUCCUAAGUCUUCCAAGGCUAAUGUCAUCAAUGGGAUACUCAUGGCGGUGGUGUUCUUCAUAGUGCGGAUUGCUGUCAUGCCUCCUUUUUAUGCCUACCUUUAUUCUGUGUAUGGAACAGAACCCUACAUGAGGCUUGGACUUGUAAUCCAACUUUCUUGGGUCUUUUCUUGUUUGAUUUUGGAUGUGAUGAAUGUCAUUUGGAUGUACAGAAUUUCAAAAGGGUGCAUCAAAGUCAUCUUACUUAUCAGACGAGAAAAAGCUACAGAUCAUCUUCAAAAUGGAAAAGUUGACUAAAAGCAGACUAUUGAUGAACAUACUUCAUUUCUAUCUGCAUUAUGUUUGCUGAUAGGGUGAAUUCAUGGCAUGAUUUUUGUGCUUCAUCAUUAAUAACACUUGUUAUACAGAGUUUUGGUGUCUUUUAUUUUUAUCCUGGGGGGAAGUAAAAUUAGUUUUUACCCAAGUUUUUUUUUUUUAUGAUUUUCUUCUGUACUAUAAGCAUGGAUAAAAUAUUAAAGGAUUAAAUAAAAUUAUAAAUACA